GAUCGUGCUCCGCCCGGGUGAAAGAGCGGCGGCGGCGCUGGGCGGGGCCGAGUUCCACAGCCGGCAGCCGGGCUGUGGUGGGUCCUGAGAGCCGCUCAGGCGGGGCGGGGCCGGCCGAGCGGAGUCCGCGCGUGCCCGCGCUGAGCUGCCCGCUCCGGCGGCUGCGCUGCUCGCCUGCCGCGACGUAGCGCCGGGGUCUCCAAGCAUGACCGAGCUGAGGCAGAGGGCGGUCCGCGAGCCGGACGCGCCGCCCGAGGACAAGGAAUCGGAGUCAGAAGCAAAGGUAGAUGGAGAGACUGCAUCGGACAGUGAGAGCCGAGCGGAAGCUGCUCCUUUAUCAACCUCUGCAGAUGAUACCCCAGAGGUCCUCAACAGGGCCCUUUCCAACUUGUCUUCAAGGUGGAAGAACUGGUGGGUGAGAGGCAUCCUGACUUUGGCCAUGAUUGCAUUUUUCUUCAUCAUUAUUUACCUGGGACCAAUGGUUUUAAUGAUCAUUGUGAUGUGUGUUCAGAUUAAGUGUUUCCAUGAGAUUAUCACUAUUGGCUACAACGUCUACCACUCCUAUGACCUGCCCUGGUUCAGAACCCUCAGCUGGUACUUUCUACUGUGUGUAAAUUACUUCUUCUAUGGUGAGACGGUGACCGAUUACUUCUUCACUCUGGUCCAGAGAGAGGAGCCUUUGCGGAUUCUCAGUAAAUACCACCGGUUCAUUUCCUUUACUCUCUAUCUAAUAGGAUUCUGCAUGUUUGUACUGAGUCUGGUCAAGAAGCAUUAUCGACUGCAGUUCUACAUGUUUGGCUGGACCCAUGUAACAUUACUGAUUGUUGUAACUCAGUCACAUCUCGUUAUCCACAACCUGUUUGAAGGAAUGAUCUGGUUCAUUGUCCCCAUCUCUUGUGUGAUCUGUAAUGACAUUAUGGCCUAUAUGUUUGGCUUCUUCUUUGGUCGGACCCCACUCAUUAAGCUGUCCCCGAAGAAGACCUGGGAAGGCUUCAUUGGGGGCUUCUUUGCUACUGUGGUGUUUGGCCUUCUGCUGUCCUAUGUGAUGUCCGGGUACAGAUGCUUUGUCUGCCCCGUGGAAUACAACAAUGACACCAACAGCUUCACUGUGGACUGUGAGCCCUCGGACCUCUUUCGUCUGCAGGAGUACAGCAUCCCUGAGGUGAUCCAGUCGGUCAUUGGCUUGACAACAGUCUGGAUGUACCCUUUCCAGAUUCACAGCAUCGCCCUCUCCACGUUUGCCUCGCUCAUCGGCCCCUUUGGAGGGUUCUUUGCAAGUGGAUUCAAACGAGCCUUUAAAAUCAAAGACUUUGCCAACACCAUUCCUGGCCACGGAGGCAUCAUGGAUCGCUUUGACUGCCAGUACCUGAUGGCCACCUUUGUCAACGUGUACAUUGCCAGUUUUAUCAGGGGCCCCAACCCAAGCAAGCUGAUUCAGCAGUUCCUGACCUUGCGUCCAGAUCAACAGCUGCACAUCUUCAACACACUCAGAUCUCACCUGGCCGACAAGGGGAUGCUGACAGCCGCCACAGAGGAUGAGUAGGGGCCCUGGGGCCGAGACAGCAGGAGCAAAUGGAGCGAGGGGCUGGGCUCCAAGGCAAAGCCCCACUGGUGUGACUCAGUCAAUGACAAGGCUUCAACUCACUUUUUUUUUUUUUUUGGUAGAGUUUUUUAUUUGUGGGUUUUCAAAACAAUCUGUAUAUACAGUCUAUGUGCUUAUGAUUUGGGUCGUGGGUAAACUACAGCUUUGAGUUGGAAAGAAGUCACGGGGGUCAGACCAUUCGGGUUUUUUAAACAAAAGUUUUAACCUGGAAGACAGUGUUGCCCAGCUAGGGUACAUCUGCUUGGUUCUUCUUACUCUCAAGCUAGAGUUUCUGUUGCUGGGCUCGCUCAGAGAGUGGAUGUCCAUCUGUGGCUGACCAGUUCAGGGGCACCCCCCUGGCCUGUCUUUGUAGCUGCCCACCUCCUCACCCCCCCCCCACCCCACCCCACUGCAGCUGGGAAGAAGUGCACCGCUUGGAUGUCUUUGCUACUGGAGAGCUUUCACCUGGGCUUCUCGAGAAUCCCUGCCCUGGAGCGAUGGGACAGUUGCCUUCUGUAGGCUGGAGGGACAAAGGCUGAUUAAUUAGAUAAACAUCCUACCCACAAAGUCCUGUGGAGCGUGAGCUCUGCUUUAUGAUAUGGGUUCACCUUCCUUCAUCACAGACUGAAAGAAGGCUUCAGUAUUUUUUUUUUUUCAGGAAGCGCGAGAAAUUAUUUAUAAUAGUCUGAAAAAAUACACUGUAGUAUUUCAAGUGUAUGCAAUAGAAUGUACUGUCACGAGCCCUUUCCCACAGGUUGUUGGCUCAAGUGGCUCCUCUUGGGCAGUCCAGCUAACUGUCUUUUCAGGGAAGAUACCGUUCAUGUUUGUGCUGUAGACUUGUUGCUGCUGAAUCCUUCCAGGGGGCUCUUCUGUUAGGCAGGGAGCAGGGGGCUUCUGGUUCAUGCACCCUUUGCCUGACCUGACCGACCACCCCUGUAGCUGCUGUGUGCUGUAUAUACUACUCUUAAGGCAAGUGUGUAUCUGUGUGUGGGUUUUAAAAAUCUCUUACUUCUUACAGUGAUUUCAGUUGUACCAUGAUUUCUUCACUGAAACCACAAAAUCCUGCUUACAACUCCGGAAACCUAACCCUAUUAGAGGUGUGACUAUUCUGAAGAUUACAUGCACAUUUUAUAUAUUUAUAUAUAUAAUGUGACCGGUUUAAAUGUAGAUUGUAUUUUAUUGAAGGGACCUUUUUUCUUUUACACUGUGACACCCCCCCCCCCCCCCGCCCCCGCCUGAUAAUAGGAGUGAGGUUGACUUUGGGGAGAUAAGUUCUUUGUCAGGACAACAAGCAAGGGAGGAUAGGAGCGAGAACUUGGUGCCCAGAUGGGUUCAGUUAUUCCGUGACAUGGUGGUUCUCUUUGCCAAAUGAGGGUGCGGUAACUUGCUUCAGCACCUUGAUCUGAUCCUGGUUCAUUCUGUUUCUGUUUAAGUCAGCCGUUCUCCUUCCCUCAAAGCUCACAGUCAGCUCAGCUCACUGCCAUGUCCGGCGCAGGGUGGCAGGCCCCUCGACGUUGCAGCUCAUGGUCACUGCGUGGCUCGCCCCACCCGUGCAGCACUGAAGCAUCUUCUCCCCCCUCCCUUGAGCUUGUACUUCUGUUUCAGCAUGUGGCUUUUCUGGUUCAGGGCUGAGGGCCCCUUAAGAACAAAAUGUGUUUUUGCGUGGGGUUUCCAUUCUGGCUGUGUGACCCUGGGCAGGACACAUCCCUCUCUGGGUCCUUGUUUUCUGAGUGCUCCCUAAUUCCAGUAUUGAGUCAUGUCCUGGGCACCCAAACAGCAAGAGCUUUCAGGCCGUUUCUAAAUGCUUGUUCUUGAGAUGACUCAGUAUCUCACCAACAAAUCUUAAACAGUGGAGGUCAUUAGUAACACAUCUGGUUUUCACAUUGAAGGAUGGACUUGGUUGGUGAAACCAGAGACAGAAGGGGUUGUCUCUGUUGCCUUAUUCUGGGCAUAUGGUAGAGGCCUUGAUGGCUGAGGCCCAGCGGCCCUUGAAUAAGGCUGUCUUUGGGAUCGGCGUGCCUGGCACAAUCCUUUGUGGAAGUGGUCGCCGACGGGAGCUCUGGGGUCCUGGGAGACUGAAGCUGGAUGCUCACUAGAGCUCUAAGCAAGAAGCCCAGAGGGUCAGCUUGGGUUUUAUCUUCUAUUUUCCCCACUUGCUUUCUGGUCAAGGAAGAGGAAUUUCCUAGCCUAGUAGCCAGGCAAGUAAAGCCACCUCAUGUCUCUAUCUACACACAGUGUUUUUCUUUCUCCCAUUUAUUGAGAUAUUUCACCACACAGACAAGAUGCAAGAGACUGUUUUAACAUACCCCUGUGCAGAUCUUCAUGAAUGGCAUAACUUGCUUCGAUCCAUUUUUGUGUGUAUGAGAAAUAAAAUGUGACAAACUGUGUGCUCUC